AUGGAAGUCAUGAAGCCUUUAAUUGAUGAACACAAUUCAGAUGGCAUCUCAGAUGAAGAAAAUGAAAACAAUUUCCUUCCAGUUGAGAAGCAUUACCAGCUUGAUAAUGAAGAAGGCAUUACGUUUAUACAAACACUUACACAUCUCCUCAAGGGAAACAUUGGAACUGGGCUUCUUGGUCUUCCACUUGCAAUAAAAAAUGCUGGCAUUAUGAUUGGACCAAUCAGCCUUGUGUUCAUAGGAAUUAUAUCUGUUCAUUGUAUGCACAUCUUGGUACGUUGCAGCCACUAUCUAUGUCAGAGGAUGAAAAAGUCCUCGCUAGGGUACAGCGAUACAGUUAGUUAUGCCAUGGAAGUGGGGCCCCUGGCCACUUUUCAGAAACGAGCUUCUUGGGGACGGUAUAUUGUGGAUUUUUUCCUAGUGAUAACACAGCUGGGAUUCUGUAGCGUUUAUAUUGUGUUCUUGGCAGAAAACGUGAAACAAGUCCAUGAAGGAUUCUUGGAAAACAAGAUUGCUUCCAUAAAUGCUAGUGCCACCAGCAGUUUUUCUGAGAGAAGGAGUACUGAUUUGCGAACAUACAUGCUGUGUUUCCUGCCGUUCUUGAUCCUCCUGGUCUUUAUUCGUGACCUCAAGAGCCUGUCCUUGCUUUCAUUGCUUGCCAAUAUGUCCAUGGCUGUCAGCCUGGUGAUCAUUUACCAGUAUAUUGCUAGAGAUAUGGUAGAUCCUCGAAAACUGCCUUUAGUGGCUGGCUGGAAGAAAUACCCACUGUUUUUUGGGACUGCAAUAUUUGCUUUUGAAGGAAUUGGUGUGGUACUCCCGCUGGAAAACAGAAUGAAGGACAGCACACGUUUCCCACAGGCACUGAACGUUGGCAUGGGAAUAGUCAUGACCUUGUAUAUCUCAUUAGCUACUCUAGGGUAUCUGCGCUUUGGGGAUGAAAUCAAAGGCAGCAUAACUUUAAACCUGCCACAAGAUAAAUGGUUAUAUCAGGCUGUAAAAAUUCUGUACUCCUUUGGGAUUUUUGUGACCUAUUCGAUUCAGUACUACGUCCCUGCGGAGAUCCUUCUUCCAGCUGCCACCUCCAAAGUGCAGCAGAAGUGGAAGUUGCUCUGUGAGCUUGUGGUGAGAGCACUAUUAGUCUGCUCAACAUGUGCUGUAGCAGUUUUGAUUCCUCGCCUAGACCUGGUGAUUUCUUUAGUUGGAGCCGUCAGCAGCAGCACUCUGGCACUGAUUCUGCCACCUUUGAUUGAAAUCCUCACUUUCUACAAGGAAAACUUAAGCUUAUGGACAAUAUUUAAAGACAUUUUUAUAGCUGUUAUUGGAGUUGUUGGAUUUUUAACGGGGACCUAUGUGACGGUUGAAGAAAUCAUUUAUCCUGCAUCCACAGUUCUAGCAAACACAACAGAGAGCAUCUCUGUGGAUUUAAAUGCUACAAACUUGGUGGUUGGUUUAAAAUAA